AUGGCCCGUGACUUUCUUGCAAUUCCUUUGAGCACAGUGGCAUCUGAAUCAGCCUUCAGUUGUGGUAAGAGGAUACUAGGCGACAAGAGAAGCUCUUUGAACCCUGAUAUGCUAGAAGUGCUUGUUUGUGGUAAAGAUUGGUUGUUCAAACCAAAGGAGGGUGAGUUAACCGCUUACAUUUUGGUUCUACUACUUGUGUAG